AUGUACAACGAGAUCAUGGGCGAGAUGAGUGAGUUCAAGUCGCUGGCCAAUCAGGCCUGGUCCGAGAUGAUGCACAUGGAUAAGAUCAGAGAAGACUCCUUGUUCGGCUAUGUUCAUGACAUCCGAAACAAACGUCAAACGCAAUGCAAUUGCCUCAAGCAACCUAGUAAUUGCCCAGCUGGUCCAUCUGGACCACCUGGAGAGGCUGGACUACCUGGAGACGAUGGAUUGCCUGGACUGGAUGGAAUGCCUGGAAUUGAUGCUAACUACGUUUAUCAAGGUAAAAUACGUUUUUUGUAUAUACUUUUUGUAAAAAUGUAUUUUAGGCGUUGUGUGAAUAUAUAAACAAUAUUUGGCUAGCCAAAAAAAAUCUUUAAAAAUGAUGUUUUUAGUCUAAAAACUAGAUAAAAUCUUCUUUUCUAGCCAAAAAAUAGCCAAGAAUUGUCCUAGUAUUACCUAAAAGCCUAAAUUUCAGAAGCUCAAAAAGCCCAAGGCUGUAUACAAUGCCCAGCCGGACCACCAGGCCCACCUGGCUUCCCAGGCCAACCUGGAGUCCCCGGUCCUGAUGGCAUUCCAGGACCACUUGGCCCAGCCGGCAACCCCGGAACACCCGGUCCGCCAGGUGAACCCGGCUUCCCAGGCUAUCCAGGAAUAGCCGGAGAACCUGGCUCACCCGGAGCACCCGGUCAGCCUGGUACACAUUAUCAUCCACUGCCCGGAAUGCCCGGUCCACGUGGUCCAGUAGGACCUGCUGGUGAUCCUGGACCGUCUGGUACGGUCGCUCAACCUGGGCCACCUGGUUCGAUGGGUCCACGAGGUCCACCCGGAUCUAACGGUGCUAAUGGAGCGGAUGGUUCACCCGGACAGCCGGGACCGGGUGGUGAGCCAGGUAUUGAUGGUGCGUAUUGUCCAUGCCCGCCCAGGUCUCAUCUGCUGAUUCAGCAAAAUCUGAGGGCUGGGAUCAGUGAGCCAGCUAAGGCAGGACCGGGAGGUACACAUGCCGCUAGACUGGGAGUUAAACCUUCUAAAUUAGGAGUGAACAGCGCUAGACUAGGUCCUAAACCUUCUAGACCAAGUGCCAGUCCAACCGCCUUGUCAUUAGGUCCAUCCUCAACAUCAGAUUCAUCAGAUGCCAUCGAAUCCUCAGCCAGCAGUAUCGACCAGAUCAACGGCAGUCUAAAGACUAGCCAAAACUCCCUAGGCGAAGGCGAAAACUCUAGUGAAUUUCCCAGUCCAGCCAAGAUCCUAGACGCUACGUCAGGGCCAUUACCAGCCAAGAUCCUAGACGCUACGCCGGACCCAUUCCCAGCUGAAGGCGAGCCAGUCAAUGCUGAUGUCAACAACUUCCAGAGUCAGCUAAACAACUUCCCUAAUCAGUUACAGCUACCGGUCGAUUAUACUGAAGAUCAGGUUGAAGUUCAACCAUCGUUGAGGUCCAACUUGGACCGGCGAAUCGCCUUACAAAGAGCGCUAGCGGCCGCUUUUGCUAUCAGAGCUUGA